AUGGAAAUACACGUGUGCACUACAUUGUUUUCCGGGUUCAGUGAUAUGUUGAUCCACGCGAGUCCAAUUAUAGUCAGCUAGCAUCAAAGCUAACGAACGCGAGUAGCUAGGUUACGCUAGGUAAAAUGGCGGUCAAAUUAGCUAGCUAGCCAAUGUUAUGCUAGCAUUAGGGAGCUAGCUAGCCAGUCGAUCUAAAUAACUAUUAGCAAACGUUAGGUAAAUAUCAGAAAUAGUUAACCAAACAUAUUUAUUUGAACAAAAUUACAAUUUAUGCAAUUCUUCACGAAAGCAAUUCGUGUGCCUGCAUUUCUGCGAAAUAUCAUGGCGUCGGCUAGCUAGUAACAACCUACGUUAGCCAGCCAAUUCGACAGAAUGUCGUAGCUAGUAGUGUGCAAGCUAGUCUGAGUCAACAAAUUGCCAUUUAUCAAGCUACUUAGUUGUCGAACUACACAUUUUUGGUAAUCCCAUGUCUUUACCUAUCACACUUAGCUAAACUGGCACAGUGAUUAACUCACGACAUUACAUAGUUAACGUUUGCAUUUAGCCAGGUGACAUCAACUAACUAGGUACAGUACGUUGUGGUUGGCUUAUUUGCUAACUUUAGCUAGGUAACGUUAUAAGGCCAGCCCCAACUUAAUAACAGUGCCUUCAACUAUUCACACUCCUUCAUUUUUCCACAUUUUGUUGUUACACAGCCUGAAUUUAAAGUUCCAUUUAAAUUUUUACCCAAUCAUGUCAAAGUGGAAUUAUGGAAUUUGUACUAAUUAAUUAAAAAUGAAAAGCUCAAAUGUCUUGUUUGAACAAGUAGCAUCAGUUGCAUGGCCUCACUCUGUGAAAUAAGUGUGGUGUAAAAAUAUUUUAAAGUACUUAAGUCGUUUUUUUGGUUCUGUAACUUUAUAUUUUUGACCACAUUCCUAAAGAAAAUAAUGUACUUCUUACACCAUACAUUUUUCCCUCACAACCAAAAGUAUUUUGAAUACUUAGUAGGAUGGGAAAUUGGUACAAUUCACACAAUUUAUCAAGACCACAUCCCUACUGCCACUUAUCUGGCGGACUCACUAAACACAGGCUUCGUAUGUAAAUGAUGUUGGAGUGUGCCCCUGGUUACCGGUAAAAAGGAAAAUUGUACUGUCUGGUUUGCUUAAUAUAAGGAAUUUUUAAAUGAUUUUUACUUUUGAUAGUUAAGUAUAUUUUAGCAGUUGCAUUUACUUUUGAUACUUAAGUACAUUUAAAACCAAAUAGUUUUAGACUUUUACUCAGGUAGUAUUUUUCUGGGUGACUCACCUUUUCCACAACUGGUGUUUACCAUGAUUAAAUGAGUACCUAAUUUUAGUGCUUACUCAGCCCCCUCCUGUACUCACUGUUGACCCAUGACUCCGUGGCCACGGCACGCCUCCAACUCAGUUAUCAAGUUUGCAGACGACACAACAGUGGUAGAACCUGAUUACCAACAAUGACAAGACAGCCUACAGGGAGGAUGAGAAGGCCCUGGCAGAGUGGUGCCAGGGAAAAUAACUUCUCCCUCAACGUCAACAAAAGCUGAUCGUGGACUUCAGGAGAUAGAAGAGGGAGUACGCCCCUAUCAACAUCAACAGGACCGCAAUGGAGAAGUUAAAAAGCUUCCAAGUUCCUCAGCGUACACGUCACUGACAAUCUGAAAUGCACCCACACAGACUGUGGGUGAAGAAGGCACAACAGUGCCUCUUCAACCUCAGGAGGCUGAAGACAUUCAGAAGAAAUACUACUGCACUGUUGGAGCUAGGGACACAAGCAUUUUACAGAUGCACAAUUGAUAGCAUCCUGUCAGGCUGUAUCACUGCCUGCUACAGCAACUGAAAUGCCUUCAACCACAGGGCUCUCCAGAGGGUGGUGCGGUCUGCUCAACGCAUCACUGGGGGCACACGGCCUGUCCUCCAGGACACCUACAGCACCCGAUGUCACAGGAAAACCAAAAAGAUCAAGGUCAUCAACCACCCAACCACGGCCUGUUCACCCCUCUAUCAUCCACAAGAUGCCACACUCCAGACGGUACCCGUCCUCAGAAAGGGCCAGCCGGAGCAGCUAUCAAGACCGAGACAGAGACAGAGGACGCAAGCAGAGGCACCGCAGAUCACCCUCUUUUUCGUCUAGCAGUGACCGGGAGAGGGACAGAGACAGAAGGGGACGGGGAAACCGACAGGAGGGAAGCUACGCUCGCUCCAGGAGCUACGAUAAUCGCUCGGCAGACCGCAGGCCAUACGACCGGCGCUACUGUGAGGGCUACCGCCGUCUGGACCAGAGCCACGAACGAGACCGCGGAAACCGGGAAAGGGAACAUGGAGGUGCACCAGCAGCAGCCGACGGCGGUUACUACGCACGUGACUUCUCACCGAGCAUGUGCGACUACCGGAGGGGGCGCGAGAGGGAACGGGAGGAGUUGUACCGAAGGAAGGGCAGCAGGCGUAAGCACAAACGAAGGCGGCGUAGAACCAGGUCCUAUAGCCCAUCCUCCUCGCGGAGUGACAGCCGGACGCGGGCACUGAGUGUGAGGGACGACGAGGAAGGGCACCUGAUCUGUCGGAGUGGGGACGUCCUGCAAGAGAGAUAUGAGAUUGUCAGCACUCUGGGGGAAGGCACCUUUGGGAGGGUGAUGCAAUGUAUUGACCAUCGUCGGGGAGGGGCCGCUGUUGCUCUGAAGAUCAUAAAAAAUGUGGAGAAAUACAAGGAAGCAGCUCGUCUGGAGAUCAAUGUGCUGGAGAGAAUCAAUGAGAAAGAUCCAGAAAACAAACACCUGUGUGUGCAGAUGUAUGACUGGUUCGACUACCACGGCCACAUGUGUAUCUCCUUCGAGCUGCUGGCCCUCAGCACCUUCGACUUCCUCAAGGAGAACAACUACCUGCCCUAUUCCAUUGCCCAGGUCCGACACAUGGCCUACCAGCUAUGCCUGUCUGUCAAGUUUCUUCAUGAUACCAAGUUGACGCACACAGACCUGAAGCCAGAAAACAUCCUGUUUGUCAAUUCCGACUUCACUAUGACCUAUAAUGUAGAGAAGAAGCGCGACGAGCGGACAGUGAAGAGCACGGACGUACGGGUGGUGGACUUUGGUAGCGCCACAUUUGACCACGAGCACCACAGCACCAUCGUCUCCACACGGCACUACCGCGCCCCGGAAGUCAUACUAGAGCUGGGCUGGAGCCAGCCGUGUGAUGUGUGGAGCAUCGGUUGCAUCCUGUUCGAGUACUACCUGGGCUUCACCUUGUUCCAGACUCAUGAUAACAGGGAACAUCUGGCCAUGAUGGAGAGAAUACUGGGGCCAGUGCCCUCCAGGAUGAUACGCAAGACAAGGAAGCAGAAAUAUUUUUACCGUGGCCGUCUGGACUGGGACGAGAGCUCGUCAGCUGGGAGAUACGUGAGGGAGAACUGCAAACCCUUACGGAGGUACCUGUUGUCGGAAGCCGAGGAGCACCAUCGGUUGUUUGACCUGAUUGAGAGCAUGCUGGAAUACGAGCCUGCUAAGCGCCUGGCCCUGGCAGACUCCCUCAGACACCCUUUCUUCGAAUCGGGGACAGCAGGCGAUGCGGUGGGGGGGAAGAGCUGGGAGGGCAACCGCGACAUCAGCCGGUGACCCGGGACCUCCACAGACUCUUAACGAUAGAGCGAAUUUUCAGGUGGAGCAGACCGAUACGACCACUUAAGGCGGUACGGCCAAAUUUGAUGGACCUUAUCAGGCUGUCUGAAAUCCCUUGGCCAUUCAUCACAGCAUGGACCCGUUUCCUCCUGCUUACUGUACUGCCUCCACCCAUCUCCACAGUUAGGAGAGAGGCUCAUGCUGGCAGCUAGAAAACCAGACGGACCAGACAGCCCUCCUUUUAGUCCUCUCGGCUUCUGCUCCAACAGAAGGCAUACGACCAAGGGGAAAGUUUUUAGCCCAACCUUAGAUUACCCAGCUCCAGUCUUCCGCAUGUAAAGGAAAGGACCGGCCUCGUGUAGUGGAACACUAGUGAGAGCAAGAGAAGCCUUGCUCUGAAAGCCAAUAUCGUGACCUCUUCAUUUGAGGUGAAACGCUUGGAGAAGAGGGGCACUGUCUUGUAUUUAUUUGGAAACUCAGCUAUCAAUCUUGGCUAAUGUUAGCCAAUUGACUGGCACGUUUCAUCAAUGAGUGAUUGCCACUCCACAUUUAUUGCUUAUAUAGGCCUCUCCUAUUGAUAUAAUAUAUCUACUGUAUCUCUGUUACGUUAUGCAAUGCUUCUGAGGAGAGGGAUUGAUGCCAUAUUAAUGUAAUAAUAGUAUUCACAACUGGACAUGUUUUCUCAGCUGGUCUUCAUCUAGUCUGGGGAAAUGACAGACACUCACAAAUCAGACCCCAUACAACACAAACUGCAAACUGCCUUUUACAUGUGUGAUAGUAUCAGGCCUGUGGUCUGAGAUGAAGCACACACAGGGUCAUAAUAGUAACGUAUGGAACCCCAAUGCCACAGGCACACAGCAGCACACGGUUUACAGUAUUUAUUAUGAGACGCUACCGCUGUUCAUCUCCUCCCUGUACAUUUAUUUUUUUGUAUAAGAUUUAAAUGUAUAAAACUAUGUAUGAUUGUCGAAUUAAAGUUAAGUCCUCCUUUGCCAAGGCUUGUAGUGCCGUUGGUUGAGUUAUGGGGAGGCGUUUUUCUCUUAUA